AGAGAAAAACCAGGAGAGUGAGAAGAGAGAGAAAGGAGGCAUAGGCAGUGAGGACUGGAGAGAGAAAGAAGGAAGAAAGGAGAGAAAGAGAUCCUGAUUGAAGGGGAGAAGGAGGAAGAGAGCCAGAGGGGAGAGCGAGCGAGGGAGGGAGGAAGGCGGUGAGAGAGGCGGGGGCCUCGAGAGGGUGGAAGGAGGGAGGAGAAGGGCGGGGCGCGGAGGCCCCAGCAAGGGACGAGACUCCAGCUCCGACUUUUUCUGCCGCUCUCGGAUUGGAGCAUCUCACCAGCACUUGUGCCAGCCUCUUGAAACAACCAUCUCCUGACACCCCCCAGCCCAGGCUUCCACUGCAGCCAUGUCUCUCCUCCUGCUGGUGGUCUCUGCCCUUCAUAUCCUCAUUCUCAUCCUGCUUUUCGUGGCCACUUUGGACAAGUCCUGGUGGACCCUCCCAGGGAAGGAGUCCCUGAAUCUUUGGUAUGACUGCACGUGGAACAAUGACAACAAAACGUGGGCCUGCAGUAACGUCAGCGAGAAUGGCUGGCUGAAGGCAGUUCAGGUCCUCAUGGUGCUUUCCCUCAUCCUCUGCUGCCUGUCCUUCAUCCUGUUCAUGUUCCAACUCUACACCAUGCGGCGAGGAGGGCUUUUCUAUGCCACUGGCCUCUGCCAGCUUUGCACCAGUGUGGCGGUCUUUACCGGAGCCCUGAUCUACGCCAUUCACGCUGAGGAGAUCUUGGCGGAGCGCCCGCCGGGGGGCAGCUUUGGUUACUGCUUCGCCCUCGCUUGGGUGGCCUUCCCCCUUGCCCUGGCCAGUGGCGUCAUCUACAUCCACCUGCGGAAGCGGGAGUGAGGGCCCCCGCGUCGCCCUGCCGCCACUGCUGGUGCCGGGCCCUCUGUCUCAUCCCUGAAGCCCCCGCCCCCGGCCUCCUCCAGAAAAUAAAACCGUUUAACCGCUU